AUGGAAGAAGUUCUCGAACAAGUCUUGCUGAACUAUCGAGUCACCCCAAACGGUGUCUUCCCUGCAAAAGCUUUGAUGCAGAGAAAGCUUCGCACACCAUUUGACAUCAUCCGUCCGCUGUCAUCUGCCGGUGUAGUUAAUGAACCAGCCCAUCCGACGUCAAUGGAAGGGCAGUUCAACCGACGACACAGUGCAAAGCUACGAUUGUUCCACCCGAGCCAGAUGGUGCUUGCAAAGGAAUGCAGGAAUAAUCGGGCAAAGUGGACGCUUGAACGUGUUCACUGGAAGUGUGGUGACGUCGUCUACCAGAUUCGGGUUGGCUCCUAUAUUUGGGUGCGCCACGCCAAUCAGCUGAAACACACCGAAUGUACUGACUUGCCACAUCCAAGCCCAAACUUAUCACUGGAAUUACUACUGGACAGAUUUGAUUUGCCGAAGCCAAGAUAA